GUGGGUACACGAGUGGCAAGUCGGGAUGGGGUAUUCUGGGUAAGGAGGAAAGGGCGAAUGCCUUGCCGAGACCUGGGUACCGCGCUCGCGACGGUUGAGUUGUGCUUGAGGUAGGGAGCGAUGGUCCGGGAGCUCGAACUAUGGGACUGCACAUGGGAACCAAGACGAGUCGUGAGGGGAGUAGAGAUGUCAGUACCGCCGAGCAAUGAAUGGAAGGGGACCACAUGUGAUUGGCGGGGGUAUGAGAUUGUGCCGGAACUAUCGUACCUAUGGAUAGAGCGUGCUUGGAACCCGUUGAGGGAACAGGAAGCAUGGGAGGAGAUUGUGGAAGGAAGGGUGGAAUCAGUCGGGACGAUCGUUCUCUCUGAACAAGGUUGGCACCUGUUCUGCACAACGCUCGCAGCAGGACAGAACCCGAUGUGGCUUUUAGGGGACGCUGAAGCAAGGGCUCGGCAGGCGGGGGAAAGGUUUGCCAACAAAGGAUGGGAUACGGUUAGCAAUAGAGUCGUGAUGGGAGGAUGGAAGGAAUUUAAACCGCCCGGCGCCCGAAUCAAGACCUGGGUACCCGAAUUCGUGGCGGACUGGUUUGGGGGUUUCGAUCAUGUAACAGAGGUAGCCGACGCGAUGGAGCGAAUACACGUGAACUGCACAUGGCUGGCAGGGGAAUUCUAUAGGACGUCCUUGAAGUACGGGCCCUUCUACGGCGAUAGAGCCCGGCUAGGUAAAGAAAUGGCGACUGAGGAAGGGAUCGAUGACCAGCAGAGCGGAGGGAGUCAGGGCACGAAUGGGGAUGGGGAACGAAAUGAGGGUUCAGCCAGGGAUCGAGAGUCAGCCAAACUGGAAGGAACCCGAGAAGACGGAAAGGACUCCUCAAUUGGAGAAAGCUCGGGGAAAGCUGGGGGUAGCAAAAGGGGACCUCAGAGAAACAGGGAAGGGGGAAACGAGAUGAGAACACGCCCUCGGAACUCAGCAGGAGUCACCUCUAAAAAGACAAAAGUCUCGGAUGCCAGUCGUAAAUUGGCAGAAAUAGAAAAGCAAACUGCAGAAUUUAAGGCAAGGCUUAUCGAGCAGAUGAUGGCCGAGGAUGAGGAGGACCCCCAGGGCGUAGGGUCACGUGAGGGACACAGGAUCGGUCAGGACGAGGCCAGGUACGAGGGGAAGGAUAAUAAUCACAAAGGAACGCCUAGCAAGAAGGGGAAGGACAAGAACGAACCCCCGACGGAAGGAACGAAAAGCGCUAUGACCCCACUUGCCAUCGACAGCAGCACUAGCCGAUUGCCAGCCACGCCGAAAGUAAUAGGGGUGUGCGACCGACUCAUGAGCCUUAGGGAAAGGGUUCUAGGAUGGUUUGACCCAGAAGGAACGCCGAAAACCAGGGAGAAGCAGAGGGAAAACAAGGAAGGGGAAGGGACCAGUGCAGCUGGAGAAGCAGGUAGCUCCGAAGGUGGUCUCAAGAGGACAGUCACCACCCUCACCCGGGCACUAAACAAGAAUCAGGGGUAUCUUGCAGAUGCAAAGAAGAAACUCACGUUCGAUGGGGCCAACAUUACGGAGUUUCUAAUAGACUAUGAGAACCUAGCAGCCUUACUGAAAUGGACGGAAGAGGAAAAAAUGGAGCACCUAGGGCAGCACGUGUCGCUAAGCUUGGGGAGGGACAUUAUGGCCAUCGUCACCUCCAGUGGAUCCUGGAAAGAAACCAGGAAUGAGAUGAUGAGGAAAUACUUGAAGGCAGAGAAAAUGGCAACAAAGGCUGAAUCAGCCGCAGUCCAGAGGAAAAACUAUGCGACUUACAACUAUUUCCUAAGGGCAUUCACGUUAGUGGCUCUGCGAAUUCCCGGGGUAACGGACCGCAUAAUGAGUAAAUACUUGCUCAGGCAGUUCUCCGAGUUUGAUAAGGAUAAGAUUUUUGUGCGAAAAUACAAACCCGUAGGAAAGAAGGCCAAGCCGGUCUGGAUCCUAGUAGAAACAUCAAAGGAAGAGGCCAUGGAAAAAGAGGAGGAGAUCCUACGGGUUAUAAGGGAGAGACCCGCAACGGAGGGGCACCGCAUACCAGACGAGGUAGCAGAUACCAUGAAAAUAGGAGUGGAAGGGUUUCUAACAGCGGAAGAAACUCAGUUGAUAAGAAAGGCAUGCCAGGAGUUUUAUUUAGCCUUCGCAUUCAAAGAUCAUCAGAAAGGUCGAUUGGACGCAAAGCUAGUUCCCCCUGUCAGGAUCCACACCGUACAGCACGAGUGUUGGAAUGAUAAAGGGCCCGCGUACGAGUUUGGGAUAGCAGCGGAGGUCACCGACCUGCUUAGAGCUAAGAUAGAUUCUUUCGUGGUUGAACCCACCGCAUCCCCCUACGCGAACAAGUGGUUCGUGUUCAGGAAGCCCAAUAAGACGCUCAGGUGGACCCAGGACCUGCAAAAGCUCAAUGCGGUAACAAUUAGGGACGCAGGCUCGCUUCCACAGGCCGACUUGUUGGCUGAAUCUCAUGCAGGGCGGAGUAUUUACUCCCUGGUAGACUUGUCCUCAGGAUAUGAUCAGUUGCCGCUCGAUGCGAGGGAUAGACCGUACACCGCAAUGCACACCCCCGUAGGGCAGCUGCAGAUGCAAGUGACCCCUAUGGGUUUUACAAAUGCGGUAGCAGAGGCGCAGAGAAGGAUGCUCGCCGUCGCAGGGGAUAUGUUUCCGAAAAAGUAUGAACCAUAUGUAGAUGAUAAUCCUGUAAAAGGCGCAAGGUACAAGGACGAGACGGAGGUCGAGCCAGGCGUACGAAAGUUUGUCCGGGACCACUUGCAAGAUAUUAAGGGCCUACUCCAGCGAUUCCUUGUUUACAAUAUUACUGCAAGCGAACCCAAUAGCAUCCUGACCGUCCCGGAAGUAACCAUACUGGGAUUUCGUUGCGGAGCUUAUGGGAGGAGACCCGACCCAGCAAAGACGGAUAAGAUCUCCCAGUGGCCGACACCCCUGCGUACCACGACGGAAGUACGAGCCUUCCUAGGGGUGGUUGGGUUCUGGAGGAUCUUCAUCAAAGGUUUCGCAAAGAUAGCAGAACCUAUCCGCGCGAUGAUUAGGGAAGGUGGCACUAUGGAUUGGACCGAGGAUAGGGAAGAGGCAGCCCGGACUCUGAAAGACAUCCUGUCAUCCGAUCGAGUUAUCUUAGCAGCACCCUGCUUCAAUGACGAAGUAGGACGGCCCUUCAUUCUAGAGACAGAUGGCGGCCCAAUGGCAGUAGGAGGCGUAUUGAUACAGAAAAGCGAGGAGGGCAAGGAAAGGCCAAUCAAAUUCGAGAGUAGGACCUUGAAAUCGGCAGAACGACGGUACUCACAGUUAAAAAAAGAAGUCUUAGCGAUCCUGCAUUGCCUUAAGACCUUCCAGGCAUAUCUGUUCGGAAGGCGAUUCAUCUUAAGGAUCGAUUCCACCAAUGUUGUCGGGGCACUGAAGAAUUACAAGCCUAUAGACCCGACCGUCGGCAGAUGGAUAGGCUUCAUAUGGCAGUUCGACUACAAGGUUGAGCGGAUCGCGGGGCUUCGAAAUAGGGCGGAUGGGCUGAGUAGGGUAUGCAUCACGCCGGAGGGAAUAGAGGACGCGGAACCGAUUGACGCCUUCCUAGAUUACGAAGGGGGGAACCUUGUUGUGGAUAACGAAAUGGCCGACCCAACGCUUACAACAGGUCAGCUGCUGAUUCAAACCUUGGAAAAGGGCACGCCUGCAGUAGUUGCAGAACUCAGGGAAGGACCAGUCACCACGGUCAGGCGCAAAGAGGAAAAGGACUCGUGGAGAGCAGAAAUUGGGGCCAGAGAGGAACUGAUGGCAAUGGUCGUGCAAGGGGGACGGGACACCGUGAUGACGUUGGCCGAAACCUGGGCGCAGAAGGAAUGCCAAUACCUGGUCAACCAGACUCAGGAGGAGCAGGGUACGGAUCAGAAGGAACAAGAGUUCUUCCUCAUACAGAUGUACGAGGGCGUCUUCAAAGAAAUCGGUCUGUUGCUUAUAGGAAACAAACAACCCACGGAAGUCAGUCCCAAGGCAAGGGAGGAAGUCGAAAAGUAUGUCCUAAGAAACGGCCACCUGUUCAAGAAAGAGGAAGGGAUGAUGCCUAGACGUGUCGUUUGUGGGAGGUCUAGGCAGCUGGACGUAAUUCAAGCAAUGCAUGAUGGGCUAGCUGGGGGCCACCGGUCAUCCAAGGGGACACUUGCAAAGAUCGUGCCCCUGUAUUUCUGGCCAGGAAUGGCAGGCAUGGUCGCAACGUACUGUCAGACGUGUCUAAUAUGUCAAGAAAGGAGCUCUAUAUGGGUUUACGAGCCCCUUAGGCCCACUUGGGUACUGGGACCAGGGCACCUUGUUCACCUCGAUCUUGCGGUUAUGCCCGUAUCGACAGAUGGGUUUAGAUACAUCUUGGAUGCAAGAGAUAAUCUCAGUGGCUACGUAGAGGCCGUAGCGCUCAAGAAGAAGACGGGGAAAACAGUGGCCGACUGGGUGGAAGAUUUCUACCUAAGGCACCCCUCCGUGCACAGGUUUAUAGUAGACAACGGGACAAAAUUCGUUAACCAGGAGGUGUUGAACAGGCUUAAGACAUUGUGCGUACCAAUCAAGAUCACUGAGCCCUACCAUCCUGAGGCAAAUGCACCAGUAGAAAGGGGGCACCGGACCUUGAAAAACACAAUCGCUAAGCUUGCUGCAGACAAUUUGGGGAACUAGCCGCGGUACCUUAAGCAGGCAGUCUUCUCCGAAAACAUGACACCAAAGAGAACGACGGGAUGCAUUCCAGUGGAGCUAUGGUAUGGAAGGGAGAUUGACUUCCCAGAGGAGGCCCUCGUCCCUACCUGGAAUAGAUUAGACGAUAAUCCGCACUUGACCACGGAGGAGUUAAUCACCGCACGUUGCCAGCAGGUCGCCAGGAAUGAGGAGGCAUUGGAGGAAGUAGUUAACCGUGUACCGGAUAGCCGAAUGAAGGACAAAGCAAGGU